AUCCAAUCAGAAAAUGCUCAGCAAUUUGAGCCUUUCAUAGGAUUUUCUAUACUGUAAUGUCUCAAAACGCUACUGAGCAUCGACCGUGAACGUUGACGAGGAAUAAUUGCAGCGCUGAAGGCAACCUACUGUGAUGUCGAACGAAAAAAUCACUUUGAUGAUAUGAAGUGUAGGAGUGCGGGCGAUAAAACUUUUGGUUGGCUACAUAUAUAUGUAUGUACAUAAAAAAGUGCUAAGAACAACAUAAGAAAUCGCGCAAACGUUGUAAGAUUUUCUCUCGCUGAGUGAUAAGAGCAACGACUACAAAUAGCAAUAAAAGCUGUGAAAAGGGACUAAAAAAACGUUAACGAUAGGAUUUUCGCUGUCAUUGUACUGGUACACAGAAGAUCUAUUAAAUAUACAAAAAAGCAGCACAAAAUGCCACCAAAUACGAAUGCCAACACCCAAGAGCAGAUGCCGGAGGAAUCGACCCCCAGUCUGGAAGCGGCAGACCAAAGGGUGGAGGAAACCACGCAGCGUGAGGUAUUUCGUGAGUUAGCGCAAAAACAAAAAGAACAGCAAGCGGAAAGUCAAAAAAUGUUCACAGAGGCAACCACCCUAACACCAAAAACCACAACAGAAGCCGAGGAGGAGCCCACCACAACAGCAGUGUCCACCAUCCAGAAAAUCGGGCAUGCCGGCGAAGUGGUCACCGAAGUGAUUGCCGAGAAGACCGGCCUGCCCACAUGGGGUGUGGUGGCCAUCAUCAUAUUGGUAUUUCUCGUUGUCUUUGGUGUACUCUUCUUUUGUGUACGUCGUUUCUUGAAGAAGCGACGGACCAAAGAUGGUAAGGGUAAGAAGGGUGUCGAUAUGAAAUCGGUACAAUUGUUAGGAUCAGCGUACAAAGAGAAAGUUCAGCCUGAUAUGGAGGAACUCACUGAAAAUGCUGAAGAAGGUGACGAGGAGGAUAAACAAAGCGAGCAAAAAUUGGGAAGACUGAAUUUUAAGCUCGAAUAUGACUUCAACUCAAACAGCCUUGCGGUCACCGUUAUACAAGCUGAAGAAUUGCCAGCUCUUGAUAUGGGCGGAACGUCGGAUCCAUAUGUUAAAGUUUAUCUGCUGCCUGACAAGAAAAAGAAAUUCGAAACGAAAGUACAUCGCAAAACGUUGAGCCCCGUCUUUAAUGAAACGUUUACAUUUAAGGGCUUACCUUAUGCCGAUGCCAUGAACAAGACUCUCGUCUUCGCUAUCUUCGAUUUCGAUCGUUUCUCCAAACACGAUCAAAUUGGCGAAGUUAAGGUACCACUCUGCACUAUUGAUUUGGCGCAAACUAUAGAGGAAUGGAGAGAUUUGGUCAGCGUUGAAGGUGAAGGCGGACAGGAAAAGCUUGGUGACAUCUGCUUCUCACUGCGUUAUGUACCAACCGCUGGCAAACUAACUGUAGUCAUUCUAGAAGCAAAGAACUUGAAAAAGAUGGACGUCGGCGGAUUGUCUGAUCCAUAUGUGAAAAUUGCAAUCAUGCAAAAUGGAAAACGUUUGAAAAAGAAGAAGACAAGUAUCAAAAAAUGCACCCUCAACCCUUACUAUAAUGAGUCGUUCUCAUUUGAAGUACCAUUUGAACAAAUACAAAAAAUUUGUCUUGUCGUAACUGUUGUCGAUUACGAUCGUAUUGGUACAUCUGAGCCGAUUGGACGCUGCAUACUCGGUUGUAUGGCUACUGGCACCGAAUUGCGGCACUGGUCGGAUAUGCUGGCCUCACCACGACGACCGAUUGCUCAAUGGCACACACUAAAGGAUCCUGAGGAAACCGAUGAAAUACUGAAGAAUAUGAAGUAAAGUGGACGAAUCAUGAAUGCAACUAGAGAGUGCUAAGGAGCGGCGGAGAAUGUGACACGUGUAGAACAAGGUAAUGAGCU